AUGGACCCCCCCGAUGCGACACCUCAGGGUCGCGCCUCGUCUCAGACUCACGAAUCGCAGCUUUUACAAUGUAUCAAGCCUCUGCGGAAGAGACGCUGUCGACGCAUCAUUCAACCUUCCAAGAACUCACUCUACGACUUGAUGCAUGAGCAUGCAGGCACCUCACUCUUCGUACGCCCCAUCUUCUGGACCAGCAUACAUCUCGAUGUCCUAGGGGUGCGCUUUGCAGAGCUCCCAGUUUGUGACUCGCGUCUGCCAGAGGACAUUCCCGGUUCGCCCCCAUCAAAGGGUCAUAUGCGACCGUCACAAAAGAUCCGGACUCUCAGCAACGCGCUCACUGAUAUUCUCUUGCCUGGAACACAACAUCCCGUGCUAAGUUCGAACGCGAUCCGAACCAUUAUGCAUACGCUCUGGCCAGGAUCGUUCAAGGAAUCGAAACUGAUGCCCGAAUUGCACCUGUACGUUGGGGGUCGCAUAUAUCGCGAUUCGGUUCGUGCACAAGUCAUGUGGAAUUUCCCUUCUGAGUUGCCUGGAACAUCGCAAAACUCUUUCGAGUCGAUAUCCACAGUACCGGCGGAGUCGUUUGGUAUCAUUUCCCCUUCCAGUUCAAACCCACACAACCCAACAGAUCUCCCGAUGAUGUGCUAUAUCGGUAAAAAUCACAUCGCAACUAUUCGGAAGAACUUGUUUCGAAUCGUCCCGGGUCCCCAGAAUGUCCCCAACGGGCCUGUUCAAAGACUUCAACAGCUAAGAUCAAAGAUGCUCAUGCCUGCCAACCCUGAUCAAGACCCUCAUCUUGUCGGCAUCUUCUUGGCCAUGGCCCAACGCCAUUUUUACGGCCUGCCCGCGACGCACGGGAGAAGAUUUUCUCCCUGGCGACCGCCAAAGGAAAUCUCGACCCGUCCCAACUUUCGAGAUCUCAAGCUUCGAAUACUCACCCAUGAUAUCGAGACAUCUGAAUUCAUCAUUUAUACUGCUGUCGUGACAGCUCAGUUUUUGGAUAGAUUCCAUAACCCGUUCAGGGUUCCUGCGGGAUCUGAUGAAUCAGAACUGCCCCAAAUGGACAUCAGUUAUACCAGAGUCCCAAUCUGGCCAAUUCUUGGCUUGCGGGAGCGAUUCGGGAAGGCUUUGGGUCAAGAUGUGGUGGGAUAUUUUUCUCCAGACAAGGUUGAGACCUGGGAGGUCGACCCUGAACCUACGGAACCCGCCGCAUCCGUUGACUCCACAGCAGCUGUCAAACGGAAGCAUGAGUCACUCAACGACGUCCUCAAUGUAAACUAUGAAGGGGAAACGAGUGAGUCCGAAGCGGAUGAGCCAGCUCUUAGCGCAAAGAAGAGAUGCCUUAGUGAGGGAUCUCCUAUAGGAGUUGUGGUGUGA